AUGGCGGACGUAAACAGUGAGGGAAAAACAGAUGCCUCUCCCGCCAAGGAACGCAAGUUUUCUUUGACACCGAUAGAGGCCAUGGCUGAAGUCGACAAGCUCAAAGAAAGGGUUCGCUCCCUAUCUUUUAGUAGUACGAUCUCCGGAGAAAGUACUGACAGUGGCAGUUCCGUCACACGACCACUCGUGAAAAAGCAGGACGAUUUAAUAGAUUGCUUGAGUGUUAUGCGGCGCUUGAUGGAACAGGCAGAGGGUGAGAGCAAACGAAUGAGGGAGGAAAAACUUGUUAUUGCUUCUAAAAUCAACAGUUCUCUCACUGCGGUUAAUCGGGAGGUGGAAUAUUUGAAGGCAGAACUUAGAGAUCAAGACAAGAGGCUGUCGGAGCUGGCGAGCAAUAAAUUAACUACUGAAACGAAAACUGAUGGUGCUGGAUCGUCUAAGAGUAUAGUAGAAGAUUAUAAAGAAGACAAUGAUAGAUUACGGUGUGAAAACGAGUUUUUAACCAGAGAACUCAAUGAAUGGAGAAAUGGAAACACAGACUUAGAUCAGCUUCGGCAAAGGCUCCAUUCUUGUGAACUCGAAAUUGCUCGAGCUAAAGAAACGAUUUCUUGUAUGAAAAUGGAAAGGAAACGUUUGAAAACGGAAAAAAUGGAUUUACUUAAUCAAAUGAAGCAGGUUUAUGGAAUAUUGGAGGUAAAGGAAACAGAACUUAGAGAAUUUAUUCAGAAUUAUGAACAACGGAUGUUAGAAGGUGAAGAACGAAUUAAGCGCCUGGAGAGCGAAAAGCGGACUUGGGAUAAGGAGCGAUGCGAUCUAUUAAGAGAAACCGAUAGCUUAAAAUCACAGUUGGAACUGAAAGACGUACAGCUGAAGGAAUUGGAAGCUGAUUUUUUCGAAGUGAAACGACAUCUGACGGCUCUGCAAUCUUCGCUCAGCGAGAACAAUUCACAGUUCUUUUUUAAAACGAACAACUUAAAUGUGGACACCGCAGGAGGCAAACGUACAUGUAGAACGAAUGCCACGAAUAUUAAGAAGAUAAAUUCCCUGCAAAACUUGAAAGAUUCACCAAGAUCCCCGCUAAAAAACGGAGGUAAGUUUGUUUGCGUGAUCUCGAUCUCAUUUCAAAUUUUUGUGUAAUGUACAUUACGUUGUUUAUUUUCUCAUUAUUUUUGUACGAGAAGGAAAAGGCUUAAAGACUUUCAAAAUAGCCAGCCUUCCUGGCGAAGAUUUGCUGGUAAUUCAGGAAAUCUGUGUUAAUUUUACAAUCUUCACUUGACAAUCUCCUUAAAAUCAAUCGAUGUUGAAAGCGCUAAUUCGAUUGCGUUACGAUCUUUUCCAGACCUUGGAUAUGCAAGACAGACUAUUGAUUUCAUAGUUAAUCAGGUGCUUUGUGAUAACAAGCACGCUACUAUCAGAAAUUUAAUUGUGAUCUCCAUAAACUUGGACAUAAUUUCGCCAAGAUAUUCACUCAGCGCACAUCCAUUCUUCAUUAAAAAUGUAGAUCUACCCUAUGUUUAUGGUUUACUAAAACCCGAAUACCGGAUGUUUGCUGAAGACUCUCAACUGGAAAAUUAUGCCACUCCUAGGCCAUUCUUCAGCUUUAGAUACAUUUUUAAGAGUAUUCAAUCUGUCAAAUUUUAUUUACAUCAUCUCUGAGUCGCAGACACAGUCACAAAGGCACAGUUGUAUCAUUCGUUUUCAAAUUAUUCUAAUUUUUAAACCACUUGAUUAAGGUGAUAUGGAUCUUCUUUCUGACAGGCUUGUAAGUCGAUCGCGUUUGUUUUUGAAAUGUAGCAAUGGUUUUCAGAUGUCUUCAUAAUCACUAGACAAAAAAGCUUAUCUGACAGAUUAAUGAGUUUGCCCUAAGGGCGUUCCACAGUCAAACAAUAGGGAUUUGGGAUCUUUUUUGCUAUUGGUUCAUUAUUGUAUGGGCAAAAGAGCCAUGCUGAUCUGUUUUGAGCUAAAUUAUCAUUUUUGAAGCUAUUGAUGACAGUAAUUUGAUAUUAGUCAAAGACCAUUUUAUAGGAUUUAUGACCACACUCAAACAGUUUAGGUUUAAUUUUUUUCAUUGUAAAUUUAAACAGUUCUCUUUGUGCUUGCUCAUAGAUAUGUGUAUUUCUCUAUAUAGAUAAUGCAAUUUUACCACAGGCAGGGAUCUUAGUUCAUGAUCAAGUAUUAAGAAGUCACCUAUGGGGAAUGGCAGGGUGACCCCUUAAUACAGGUCUCACAGGCUAGGGGAAUUAAAAAAUAAUAAUAAUUAACAGUGCCACUUUAUGCCAUAAUUGACCACUUAAUGUACAGAAUCUUACUUGAAAAUACUACCUACUUUUAUUUUGUAAGAGAACAUGGAUUAAAAAUUACUUGAAAGACUGUUCAUAUUUUUAUUAAAGUGCUCCCACUUUCAGUGACUGUUAAAUACAGGUCUAGGACAAUAAAAAGAGGCUACUGGGACUUGGUAAAGGGUGACCACAACCGCUUAAGAGAUACUAAAUUACACUGAUUGAGAGGAAACAAAUUCAGGACUUUGACAACUGAUUGCUUAAUACAGGGUGACUGCUUAAUACAUUUCUGCUCAAUACAGGUUUGACUGUAGGCUUCUUUGAUAAAUUUUGUUUUUUCAAUAUUGUGGGAAAAUUGUUGAAAGUUUAGUCACAUUUAAUUGACAUAAUUAGUUAUAUUGUGCUAAGUGAUGUUAGAGAAGUCUGCAUGUUUUAUUUUUUAUGGCCAGAUGACAAUUUUUUCUGAACAAUAUUGUUGUCAACUUAUCAUCAUGGUUGGGUCUCAUGAUAAUUUUCUGUUUUACAUGGUAUCUUGAAGUGUUGUGAAUCAUCAUUAGCUGAUAUUUGUGUUUAGGUUUUGUAUACUUUGAGGGGUCAAUGAAAUGAGUUGUGGUUAUAUAAGGAAGUUUUACAGCAACAGGUUUUUUUGGCUGUGGUUGAUCCUUUUAAAAGGAUAGAAGUGAAAGCAAAAAGUAGUUGGACAGAUGCUAUUUAAAAAAAAAAAGCCUUGAUCUCAAUUGUAAAUUUGUUUGUUUGGAAAUUCAGGAAUAAAUUGUAUCUACUUUCCAUGAACAUAACAUCAUCCCAUAUUCACUAAAACAGAAACUCUGAGAACCUAUCUGCGUGGAAUCAUUUUAUCAUCACAGAAAUGUUGCAGAGAUGCCUUUACAUCCUAUUUUUAAUUAUGCACAUCAAUCAUUUGAUGAGACUUUUCAUGCUAUGCCACCACAUGGAAAACUGAACCCCAGAUGGUAAUAGAACUUUUUGUGUGGUCCAAUGCCAGAUUAUCUAUCACUUUUACUGAUAGUAUUCAAAUUCUGAUGUUGCAAAAUGAAGUAUUGGUUCAUUGUUGCAUUGUUUCUUUCUUGGUGUAUAAUUACAGUUAUUUCCUGGAAGGUGAAUUUUCAUGAUUUUGUCAUACUUAUGUAUUUGGAAUAGUCAAUUUGGUACUUCCCUGUUUUACUAUUGGUAAUAAUGAUUACUUUCAGGGCUAAAAAAUGGCGGUUGCACAGUCGCCAGUGGCGAGUUAAAACUGACCAGGGCCACCAAAAGUUAAGGUUUGAAUGCCCGAUGUGUGACUAUGCUGCAGAAUUUAGAAAAGUUGCAAUGUAAAUUAUGCAAAGUACAAAGUUAAAAAUAAAGCUGAAUAUGUAAUUUAAUUGGACUACCUUUCUCUUCGUUUCUUUGCCUGGACUCUAAGAUCAUCCAUUUUGGUGAAGUUUUAGUUCUGAAGUUGGAAAUCUUGAGCUGCUUUUACAAUGAUUUCACGAGUGAUCCACAUUCACAGCAUAUAGAUGCCAUUUUGAUUUUGUGAUUGCCAUGUGACUCUGGAUGUAUCAAGAGUUCUGUGCGUGAUAUGUUCUUUCCUUUUAGUUGACGCUCCAUUAAAAGCCAUGGGGCGUUUAAUCAAGUUUUUCAUUUUAAAAUAGAGGAAAUCAAGGGCUACUUCAUUUUGGGAUAGGCCACUAAGAAUUCAAGGAAACUGGCCCAACUGGCCACCAAGCACUGGAGUUAAUUUUUAGCCCUGUACUUUUACUUUUAUCCUUUUCUUUCUUUUUUCAUAGAUCAUUGUCCUGUGCCAGUCCCAAGAUCACCAGUGGGGUCAGUUUCAUCAGACUCUCAGUCUGAUUUAAGCCAAGCCCCUACACCAAAUGACUCAGAAGUCUUUGAUUUUGGUGUUCAAACCAACUAUGAACAACAUGACCCAAAUAAGAAGAAAAUCAAGAGACGUUCAUCCUCACUGUCUAGGUUUUUUUCACUAGGAAGGCAACGAAAGCCUCUCUUCAAGCCUUUAGUUAAAGGUAAGCAGCCAAUAUCUUGUUUUUAAAUGUUUUUACCACUUAUUGUCCAAGUGAGUCUGAGGGUGUACUGCUUUGAAGAACUUGAAUGAUGUGUUUUACAUUUGAACCGAAAUGUUAGAUUUACUGUAUUUUUUUCUUUCGCCUUUUUUUUUUAAAUUUAUAAGUCCAUUUUAUUUUAUCAUAAGUUUAGAAUAUGUGUUGAAUAGAUUUUCACCAUUUUAGUAGUACUUAGAUGUAUGUUUGUCUCUAACUUUGAUAAACAGGACCUCUCUGAAAUCCACCUUUUUUUCUAGAUAGGACUGUGUGUAGACACUGUCAUAAAAGAAUGAUGAUUAUUAUAACUGAUGAAUUUUUUUGCUGUUUACACUCUCUCCUUUGUUCAGAAUUCUGUUUGCAUCACAAAUGAAAACUGUGAAUAGGUUUGUUUUGGUCAAAUUCUAUUGGAAUGACUGAUUUUCUCCAGCCAUAAUGAUAACUCCUGAUAAACUUAAGUCGGAAUACUUUUUGCAGGUGAAGUGUUCCUGUUUCUCAUCCUGAAGAAAAUACACUUUUUUUGGGGGGGGGGGGGGAAUGAUUCUGCCACAAAAAAGACUUUUUACAUCAAAUGAAAGAAUCCAACUCUAAAGGAAGACUUAAAACACUUACCUGCAGAUUUAUCUAUUUCUUUAUAAUUUAUUUUAAUUGUUAUUACAAUUACUAAUGGCCAUGUGAACUUUAAUAUACUUUAAUAUACUUUAGUAGUGGUUUGUUUAGCUGUUUCUGGGUUACUUCAUAACACUUCAGUCUAUAGCUCUUCUGUGCUUCCUUGGUUUGCAUUUCAUUCAAGUUGUUUGCCAAUUUGUGUAGCAUUGGCUGUGGCUGCACUCAGAUAGUUAACUAGGUAUAUUUUUUAGAAACCUGUGCAAAAUUUCCAAAAACCUUCACUUGGUGAAAGGUUGGUUAAGAUGAAACAACAGGGUUAAAUUUUUUUAAUUACUGCAGUGAAAUGGGUUAUAAAUGGGUGAAUGUUAUUGAUAUCAUGGGAGAAAGGCAGGUCUUUCAAACAUGAUGUUGAUAUUACUUAGAUGCCAGUGCUCUCCAUGGCCGUCAAAUGAAUCUUCCCUUGGUUGGGUCUAUCAAAGAAAUCAGUGACGGCUUAAGGGAAUCACUAAUUCUGCCAUCUUUGGCCUUUGUAAAGAGCACUUUUGAAUGAACAUUGAGUCCUUUCAAGUGCCUUGAUGUAUCCUUUCACUACUUAUGACAAAAAGAAACUCUUGCCUUCAAGCAGUAGUAUAACAAUGGAGAUUCAUGUGGAAAUUUGAUUGUGGCUUAAGUAAUAUAACUUGCACUGAUAGGAGACUACUAAUCUGGGUUUCACUAUGCAGGAAGGUGGUUUAAAAUUAACUAAACUUGGUUAAAUAAAAAUCUAUUGUCCUUCAAAUUUACUUCUAUAGUUACUGUUAACCCAGUUUCAGUUCAACAAAAAGCUGAAUAAAGGGGCCAUAUCAUGAUUUUUCGGAAACUCCACAAUUUCUAGUUAAUUAAUUAUAAAUAUCUCAUUUAACUUGUGUAAUGGGGCCGUGGCCAUUUUGUUAUGAUGCAAUUUCAUGACUUAUUUGUAAACUAAAUGAGAAUUCUAAUUGUACAUUGAACCUUAAAUUUUGCAACUGAAGAUGGCUUAUGAAUGUUGAAACAUGUUUAAUUUGCAAAUUAUUUUUUUUGUAAAUUAAAAUGGAUUUAUUAAUACCCUCUGUUUAGAAAGAACCUAGUACAUAACAGCAUGAGAAAAGAAUGUUGAGAGUUGGAAGAAAAAAUAUGAACAACAAAAGAUGGGAAAGCCCUCCUUAGUGCUUGUUAGUAUCAGGUUGCAAUCAUACCAGUAUAUUCCUGUUACUCAUUUUUCCAAAUCUGACCACAUUUGUACCUCUCUUCUUUGAUUUUGUACAGAAUUUCCAGACAUUGAUAAUGUGGACAAAACUCCAACCAGCAUGAGUUAUGCCGAGAAAAAGCGUGUGUGGGAACUACACAAAGACAUCCCAAUGGUUUGUUGGAAAGCCAAUAUGGUUUUAGCCUGGCUAGAGGUGGAGUGCCAAAUGCCUAUGUAUUCACCGAUGUGUUAUGACAACAUUAAAAGUGGCAAAGUGUUGUUGGAGCUUAAUGAUACUGAGCUUGAAGCUGGACUUGGUAUGGGUAACAUAAUGCACCGAAGGAAAUUGAGAUUAGCUAUUGAGGAUUACAGGGACCCCUCUUCUGUGUAAGUGCUUCUCUAUCAUCUCCUCUUUACAUGCAGAUUUCUUUUUUCUCUCAUAAUUAAGGUGAUUGACAGAGGAAUUUUAUCCUUGGAUCAGUAUGCACAUUUUUCAUACUGUUCUCUAAACAUUUUGUAUUAGGCUGACAAGGAAAGUUUGUUAAAUAAUGGAGAACUUCUGUAUUUAGUGAUCAAUUCCUUGAUUCUUGUGAUCUUAAUGUGUGAUCCUGGUUAUUUUUUAGAAAAUUUUCAGAGAUAUCCUCUGUAGAUCACCUUUGGGUGUCCCGCAUAUGGAUUAGAGACCUGGGUCUCAGUCAGUAUUGCUCAGCAUUUGAAGCUCAGAUGAUUGAUGGAAGGCUUUUGAAUGUGCUCACAAGAAAAGAUAUGGAGAAACAUCUCAAUGUCAGCAAAAAAUUUCAUCAGGUAAGAUAGUAGAACUGAAGGGAAUAGACCAUUUUACAGUUGUGUGCUUGGUUGCCAAGCCUUUGAACAGGAGCAAGGCUAAGGGUGACCUAGUUAUUAUACAAACUUUGCUGCUUUUCAAAUGCAAAUUACUUUGUUAUCAUACUGGUCUCCAUCACAACAAGGUCACUUUUAGCCUCACUCCAAAUCAAAGGCUUGGCAACUAAGUACACAACUGUAAAAUGGCCUAUUGUGAGCCUUCUUAUAUCCCCCCCUCUCCUCAAUGGAACUUCCAAUGACACCCACCUCUCAUAAGGGGCCACCUUCUCAUAACUCUUAGAGAACAGUUCAUCGAUUCAAUCUUAUUUUAACUCCAGCCUUGUUCCAACAACCACCUCUUAUACAAGUCCCACUUCCCUUUGUUCCUGUGGUUUGAUAGCUUAUUAUUUGUACUGAAGACUAUGAUGUUUUCAACUGACAUAGAAUAAAGACCUCAGAGAUAUUUAUUCACCCAUUUGUUCAAUAUCCAAAGUGGAUCCCCAUCCCUCUUUGAUUUUUGUUUGUGAUGUCUAGAAAACCUAACAAACUGAUGGAGUGUAUCUCUUAUGUUUCAAAGUCAAGUAUUCUUCAUGGUAUAAAGUUGCUGCGGAUGAUGGAGUUCAACAAAGAGGUUUGUCAAUUGUGUAGUUUCAGACACGUGGUAUUGACCUUUAACUAGUUGUUUUAGGAACUUGUAGACAUUCCUAUUGGAGCAAGCAAUUGCUCUUUCUAUGUACAUAAAUGUAUUUUUUUUUCUUUGUGCAGUUGCUAAUGGAGCGUAGAAGAAAAAGUGAAGAAAAUGACUUGGAUCCUCUAGUUUGGACAAAUGAGAGAGUUGCUAAGUGGUGCCGUUCUGUGGACUUGGGGGUGGGUAAAUUAGGUCAAGAACAUGCACUCAGUUAUGAAUUAAAUCAACUGUUUGGAAGUUGAGAGUUUAAUGGUAGGAAAAUGCGAUUAUGCCCUGUAAAGAAGAUUUAAGACUUUGUAAUUGAACUUCAAGUGAUGCUUCAGGAUUCUAGUGAGAUAACUAAGAAAUAAAAAAUUGGAAAACAUUUUGGAUACUUUCAGGGGUAACAAUCAGUUAUUUACUCAAUAUUGGGUAUAAUUAUAGAUUUGUUUUGAUUUCACAUUUAAGGAAUAUGCAGACAGUUUGAGGGACAGUGGUGUCCAUGGAGCAUUGUUGGUCCUUGAUCAAUCGUUUGGAGCAGAUGAACUGGCUCAAGCUCUUGGCAUUCAUUCAUCCAAGAACAUUAUCAGGAGGCAUCUUACCUCUGAACUGUUAUCUGUGUUAAUCCCUGCAAGGUAGGAUAUUUUUUAUUUGCAAAAAUCACAAGUGAAUAGGGAAAUCUACCUUUAAAUUGCAUACAAUGUUAUAAUUCAAAUUGUUUUGUGUUUCAUUUGAUCAAUCCUUCCCUUGGUCACACCAUGUAUAAAGGGAACUUACAUAUAAUUUGUUAAAAAUCCAAUAAGAACUGCAGUGGCACCCAGUGAAACUGAAAUCAAAAACAAGGAGAAACAGAAGACACGUCGAUCACUGAGUUUCAACUCUGGCAGCCGAACCAGUAUGAAUUCAGAUAUCAAAAGACACAGCUUCAGAGUAAGUCAGUUCAGUACAUGCUAAAUAAUGAAAUGAUGCUAUUCAUUUGCCUACAUAAUAGUUUAAAGAGAACUUAAAUACGAUGCAUGUCUUUUUUUGGGACACUGUACGGUAAAACAGACAAGACUUAAGGUUGUGCAUUCUUAAAAUUUACCUAUGAAUUAAUAUGAUAAAAUUUUUGUCUGGUUGUAUUAAAAAAGAAAAGAAAAGAAAAGAAAAACUUCAUCAUGAGACCUGUGAUGGAAAACUUAGUAUGCAUGAUAGGAAUGUUUAUGUCAUACAGUAUAUUUGAAAAUAUGACUGUAGGUCUUAGAGAUUUUGAUCCUUGUCUUAUCAAAGAAAGAAAAGAAGUUAUUUCCUGAAGGGAAGAUUUAUAUCCCUGUUUUAGGUCAUAGUUUAAUAUUUAUUUUCUUUCAGUGGAAAUACUUAACUUAGUAAAUUUGAAUUAUCUAAAUUGUAAUUAUAAUAACCAAACUUCCAAAUAACCAUGAUCUCAAAAUUAAAAAAUCGUAAUCUGUUUAAUUAAGUUUCUCCCUACACUUCUUUUGUGUUCUAGCUGCUUCCUGUAUGCUUUACAACAGAACAAAGCACAGUCAAGGCUUCUCUAUUUGUUAAUUGAUUAAUACUGAAAUGGUUCUGUUUAAAUGAAUUGCUUCUUCCCCCUAGCUUUAAACUCAUUCCUUAUUUUUUUAAAAAUGGAUCAAUGAACUAGCUACAGCUUAAACUGAUAACUAAUUCUGUACUUUUCCUAACCACUUUGUGCAAUUUUUCUUAUGAAGCACAUGUGUUCCCUUGAAAUAUGCUACUGAACAACCUACUGUAACUGUUCUUUUAUUAACCUCUCUCUGUAGAAGGUCACACUCUGUGCUAAAUCAACUAUGGAGACUCAUCUCUGAAGCUGGCUGCAGACCAACUUUACUUCAGUUAAAUGUAAAUACUAUUGAAAAUUCCUAAAGGCUAGUGAAUGCUCUCAUUUCAGCCUUUAAACUGUACACUGUCUCAUUCUGCUGAUUCUUACAUUCUCAUUUGUUAAGAAAAAUUAUUUACAUCAUAAAGCACUUUGUUCUCAUAAUUAGUUUGUUUGAUUUUGAAUCAUGCUGUUAAAGUACCACCAAACAUGGUCUGUCAUGACAGUGGUGUGGACAAGAGCUGUAAUUUUCUGAUUUCUCCUUGAUGCUGCAUUACAAUGAAAUAUUUGGUCACAAACUUUCUCCAAGUCUUAAGUCCAUUCUUUUGGCUAUAAAAUAAUGGCUAGAUGUUCUUUUUAUGUACCUCUGUCAAUAAUUAUUUUUAAAUUUCUUUCAAAUUGAUCUCAGUUAUCAUCAAUAAUUAUUUCAUCUGGAUAAAGUUAGUCAACAAAUUGCCAUUAUUUAAAACCAAACUAUUGGGUCAUGACAUCAAUGUUAAGAAGGAUAAAAAUGCGAGGCAAACAUAGACCUGUCACAUUUUUUUGCUUGGUUCCUGAAAUUCUAAAUACUCAAUUCUGGCAUACUCAAGAUAGCAUUAAAAGCCCUGUCAACACACAUGAUUUGAAACUGAAUUGAAGAUUUUUGUGGAAACUAAUGUAAUUAACAAUAAUUUGUUAAUAACAAAUGGUAGAGACUUUCGCCAACUGUAGAUGACUUUACUUAACUUUGAAGGAAAGGUGUAGUCAUUGUUUGUGCACCUAAAAAGAUCUGUCCUUUUUAUCUAUAGUAUAACAAAAAGUCAGGUUUCUCUCUAAAAUAAGAGAAUUGUAAAUGUGGUCUUUAAACUUUGAAAUGAUUGAGAGCAUUCACUUGUCUAGGAGAAGAAUCCACUGAUGUACUUUUAAGUACAUCAGUAGAUUCUUCUAAUUUCUUUUCUUUUAUAUGUAGCUGUUUAAUUUCUUAUUGCAUGUGCAUGCUUGGUAUGAGACGUUACUACUGUCACUCACUUGUGUAUGACCUUAUUGUUACAUAUAUGUAACUACAUACUCUCACUAUACUCUUAUGUUUUUUUUACCCCUAUCCUCAUCAUGAAAUACAGCUGUGUGAACAUCCACCAAGUUAACCACCUACCAACAUACCUACCUACCUACCUACCAAGCUACAUACAUGUGUUAACCAACCAACUCACCUACCUACCAAGCUACAAACAUGUGUUAACCAACCAACUCACCUACCAACCAAGCUACAUACAUGUGUUAACCAACCAACUCCCAAGCUACAAGCAUGUGUUAACCAAUCAACUCACCUACCUACCAAGCUACAUACAUGUGUUAACCAAUCAACUCACCUACCUACCAAGCUACAUACAUGUGUUAACCAACCAACUCACCUACCUACCAAGCUACAAACAUGUGUUAACCAACCAACUCACCUACCUACCAAGCUACAUACAUGUGUUAACCAACCAACUCCCAAGCUACAAGCAUGUGUUAACCAAUCAACUCACCUACCUACCAAGCUACAUACAUGUGUUAACCAACCAACUCACCUACCUACCAAGCUACAUACAUGUGUUAACCAACCAACUCACCUACCUACCAAGCUACAAACAUAUAUUACCCAACCUACCCACCUACCUACCUACCUACCUACUUACCAACCUAGUUACAUACAUGUACUAAUCAGCUAACCCACCUACCUACUUAGCAAGCUACAAACAUAUCCUAACCAACCCACCUACCUACAAACAUGUACCAACCAAGCUCUUACCUACCCACCUAGCUCUCUUUAACCAACCUACCUAUCGACUUACUUAUCUACCAACCUUCGGGUUCAAAUUUAAGAAAGCUGUAACCAACAUACAUCCUUACCUGCUACCUUACCAUUUACAUACCUCCAUACAUUGCAUUUACCAACCCCCUUAACUAACUACCUAUCUAACCCACAUACUUACCUACCAACCUACUCAGCCACCUAUCUUUUUAUUGCUACCUACAAUACCAGUCGACCUGCUUGCCUGACUGUCUUUCUCACAAGCCAUACCUUGUCCAUAUAAUAUCUACCUUAUACAAAAGUGUCAACCUGGACGUUGUGUUGUAGCCCACUCUUACCAAACCCGACUAGCAUCACUCUAAAUGUGUUUUGCUUUUCCAGUUCUUCUAAUUUAACUUUUUGCUUUCAUGAUGAAAGCUUGUGUUAAAUAUCUAUCAGUGCCUGGUACAAAAGUUUUAUUUGAGGGGUCUCUCUUAAACCAGGCAGCUUUAAACAGGGCCAAAAAACAGUCGAAGUUGAGGAAAUUUUAAAAAUACUAGUUAAUUUGAAAUCUUAACCAACCCUCAAUCCUCGUUUGUCUCAUUUUUCUCUAGAUAUGAUAACUUUGUAAAGUGUGUAAUGCUAACAUCGUUUGCCUGAAUUUGAUUUAAAAUAUUCAAUCUUCACUUCCUAUGCACUUUUAUUCAAUGUGGUGAAUGAAGAAAUCAGAUAUAUCAAGAGACUGUAGGCGAGUGUCUAGUCCUAUCCAUUUUGAUGGUAAUGGGAUUGUAGAAUUAUUUCAAACCUUAUGUUAGGGGGUGUCAUUACUCAUUAACACCCUGGAAAGCGAUACGAUAUUUAUCCCCGUACCCCAAUUUUGUGUGAAAUGUAACAUGUGUAGAAUUGUCGAGACAGUUCCUCACAUCAUCUUAUGGGUUUUCAUUCGUCUGGCAGCAUACACAGGUAAGCAAAAAAAUAUGUGGAUGGCUUUGAAAUGAAAUCAUGGCUUUGAUACGUAAACCAAAUUCAGUCAAAAGUGGUCUGAACAUCACCUUAGAUAAAGUACGAUAAUCAGUUCAGACAACUUCAUGGCGUGUGAGGUUUUUUUCUUUUCGAGGCACCUUGUUAUAAAAUAUGUCAGAUAUUACGGUGUUCUAGCUUUUUUUUAAAAGACUCAAAGAGGCUUCCUGGUUCUGCUUGCGAAAUUUUAAUAAUUAUCAUUCUGUUUCUAUUUUUAGGAUUCAUUCAUGACUCAUAAAAAGAACAGACCGACAAGAACAAGUAGUACUGGCGAUGAUUUGUCAAACUCAGAUUACUCUGCGGUACAAAUGAGAACCUCGCUUAGAAGGUCUCGCUCACGACCAAAGUCGUCUUUACAGUAAAGCGGGAAGUAACAGCAAUAGUUAUUAACUGGAAAAAAAAAACUGGUCAAACUUCUUACAAGCUAACCUUAAAAGGGUUUUGGCUUUCAACGGGUCUAUUUCGUGCGUUAUCAACAUUUUGUAAGUACUCAGCCUUUGUCGAAAGGAAUUAAUUUCACUUUUGUUUUAAAAAAAAAUCACCGCAGUUUUUUCUUAUGACAGUGGCGCGAUGUCAAAUUGAUAACACAGUUCAAUAAUUUCUUGUCCAUAAUAACCUGAAUAAUCCAACAGAAGCUUUUUCCUGAAUCAUUUCCACUCUUCCCUUCUCUAAGCGGAAUUUUCUGGUGUUGUUAGUUGUUGCGAGUGGAAUUUGGUCAUAUCCCUGAGACGACAUUCAUUAAUCAUAUGGAGUGCUCCUUUGCUUUCAUGGUGCAUAUGGCCUUGAUAACUUCAGUUGAGCUUUGUUCAUUUGGGGUUACAAGUAGUUCGAUUUCAAGAACGAAACACCACGAAACUAUUUAAGGUCUUACUUUUGAUGCCAGUAUCAUGAUGAUGCAGCCUGUAAUGAGAACUUGUUUUGAAGUUUACGUACUUAAUAUUCCAAUGUUGGGUGGGGGCGGGGAGG